AUGGAGCAACCCUAUGUGUACUUCUACCCACCAUCAGGCUCAGGCCCUUCGGCUCAUCCGCCUCUACAAGGCAGUGACGUCGCCAAAGCGAUCGUGGAUCAACGGUUCUGCGCUCCGUACCCCGUGGAUAUUGCGAUAGUGCGGAAGAUAGCGAGCUUACACCAUAGGUGGCAAGUAUUUAGAGGAGUGAGUACGCAACAGGAAGAUCUGCUGUACACGAUGCACAAGAAUAAAACGUUGCAGAGCGUUUUCUUGGGAAAGGACAAAUUUUCUGUGACGGUUUAUCCAAAUGUAGAUUAUGCUUUCAUUGCCUCUCUCAUUGUCAUUCUCGAUGAUGUAAACCGAGACGCCGCUGUCGCCAUCGCCACUGCUAGUUUGAUCUGAUGCUCAAUGCUCUUCUUUGAGUUUCUAGUUUAUGAAAGCACCUCUGUAAAUAGUAUCUCAACAUAACUUUCUUACAAUAUAAAAAGAGAAUGUGUAAGUAUUCCAAAUUGUUGCACUUUGGAAUGUAUUAUUCUUAAUUAAAGCUUUGUUAAAUCAACAAGGAUUGUGGGUGGUGGUGUUAAAAAGAAAGAAAAAAGGAUGAUAACUAUGGAAGAAAA